ACCUGCAGCUGGCUAAUCACCUUUAAAGUGUUGCAUGCCAUGUCAAUGGCAGAAAGAAAACAAUGAUUUCCUUUCACCAACAUUUGGUAUUAUUCUUGUAGAAACGGGGCGGUCUGGCGAUUUCACACGAAAAAGGCCCAAUAAGUUUAUUAUCAUUCACUCUUACACUUGACGGUGACGUUUCCAAGCAUCUCUGAUGUCUUCUGGCUGUCCACCCCAGUCACCUGCCGUGGCAAAGUCUGAGGUAGCAGUCGACGGAGAAUGCCCGCUGCUGGCUGCCACCUUUGCCUACUGGGACAACAUCCUGGGUCCACGGGUGCGCCACAUCUGGGUGCCAAAGGGUGAUCAAUUGAUGUUCCUCAGCGAUGGAGAGGUCACAUUUUUGGCCAAUCAUACGCUGAAUGGGGAGAUCCUGCGAAGCGCUGAGUGCGGCGCUGUGGAUGUGAAGUUUUUUGUCCUGGCAGAAAAGGGCGUCAUCAUUGUGUCUCUUAUCUUCGACGGCGAGCUGAAGGGGGACAAGAACACGUGUGCCUUGUCCAUCAUCCUGCCUCAGACAGAGCUGGCCUUCUACCUACCGCUGCACACCAUCUGUGUGGAGAGGCUAAAGCACGUUAUCCGCAAGGGUCGCAUUUGGAUGCAGAAGGGCUACAACAUCAUCUCAGUGCUCAGCAUGGAGAUUGUCCCCAUCAUGGAGCUGUUGGCCUCAAUGAAGACACACAGUGUGCCACAAGAUGUAGAUAUAAAAGACACCGUGCUAAAUGAUGAUGACAUCGGGGACAGCUGCCACGAGGAUUUCCUCCACAAGGCCAUCAGCUCUCAUCUGCAGACUUGCGGUUGUUCAAUAGUGGUUGGAAGCAACCCAGAGAAAGUAAACAAGAUUGUGCGGACUCUCUGCCUCUUCCUCACCCCGGCUGAGAGGAAGUGCUCUCGACUCUGCAAGGCUGACUCUUCCUUCAAAUAUGACACAGGCCUGUUCGUUCAGGGUCUGCUCAAGGACUCCACAGGUAGCUUCGUCCUGCCCUUCCGCCAGGUGCUCUACUCCCCUUACCCGACCACGCACAUCGACGUCGACAUCAACACGGUCAAGCAGAUGCCGCCGUGCCACGAGCACACGUACAACCAGCGGCGCUACAUGCGGUCGGAGCUGAGCGCGCUGUGGAAGACGGACAGCGAGGACGACAUUCCACCUGACACAGUUAUCCACACCGAUGAAUCCUUCACACCUGACCUGAAUAUCUUUCAAGACGUCAUGCAUAAAGACACUUUGGUGAAGUCAUUCAUAGAUGAGGUGUUCAUGCUGAAGCCAGGCCUGUCCCUGCGGAGCACCUAUCUGGCCCAGUUCCUGCUGCUGCUCCACAGGAAGGCCCUCACACUGCUCAAGUACAUCGAGGACGAAACGCAAAAAGGGAAGAAGCCCUUUCGAUCUUUGCGCAAUUUAAAGACAGACCUGGAUCUGACAGUGGAAGGAGACCUGAACAUAGUAAUGGCCUUCGCUGAGAAGCUCAGGGCAGGACUGCACUCGUUUGUGUUUGGGAAGCCGUUCUACACCAGCAUGCAGGAACGAGACGUACUCAUGAGCUUUUGACUGCGUCCUUCAGCUGCACUUUAUGUAUUUUGUUGGGAUGUUUUAUUGUUACAUGAAUGCAUGCACAUGUGUACAUUUUGUGAGAAGACUGAAUAUUUAUUCCUGCUUUGCUGAAAUGGACAAAAAACCAAAACAUUUUGCCUUCCUUUUGUGUCAUGAUCAAUACAAGUCAUGAUUCCAGUCAUUUGUCUGAGUAUUACUGCUGUUUUGAGCCAUUACAAUUAGCAUUUUGAUAUAUUACGUUGAUCAACUGUAAGCAUCAUGUUUUUAGACUGCUGAAAUUAUUUUCCGCGGGUUGAAUUAUUCAUGUAUUCUGUGCCUUCUGUUAAUAGAGGGUCUGUAUUAAUUUAUGCUGUUAAAAUUGGCUGAGGUGCCCACCAGUACAUUUGCAAUUUAAUUAAAAAUGAUAUUUAUUAAAACAAGAGGUAUUAGUUUCUUCACUGCCUGUGUUAUACAACAACACCACUUGGCCUUUCAACCUUUUGGAUUUGUUCAUUGCCUCUUUACACAAUUCAGUUACUGAAUCUGUGUGCUGAAUGUGAAUGGUGCAGAUCAACAAGGCUGCGAGUAUGAAGCACAGGGAUUUCAUUAAAGAAAAAGCACUGUAAAUGAAAUCCUAACACAAUCCCUCCUGAUACAGCAGAUCUGUGUGUCUCGCUGACAGCGAGCAUCAUUAAAUGCAUUUACCCAGUUGUGGGUAAAAUGGAUUUGCACUGAUUUUUUUUUCUCACGCAGCUGUUUGCGGUUAGGAUUAUCCAUCUACUGCAAACACACAUUUGCUAUGGUCUUAAAGUCAAGCAAUCUAGUGUAUGUGCUUUGCUUCUAAAAAAUGCAAAUUGUUUUGACGGUGUUGUGCGUUGAUCUGAUAAUGAUGUGCUACUCUCCAUUUAACCUUUUCCUUACUUUCAUGUAUAAUUUUGAAUGCAGAAGGCCUUGGAGAGACAGUCAUACUGUGUUUAUCAGAAAUGUACAAAUGACAGACAUGCUCUCACGGGAGCAAUGAACAAUAAAGACUGUAAU